AUGUCAGCACCUAAGGAGUUGAAGUCCUUCAGCCGAGAAGACGUCGCUGUGCAUAACAGAGACGGAGAUCUGUGGAUUAUAAUUGACUCGAAAGUCUACGACAUAAGCCGAUUCAAGAAUCUGCACCCAGGGGGCGCCUCAGUUUUCGAUGAAGAAGUCGCUGGACAAGAUGCCACGGAGGCAUUCUACGGCCUCCACCGGCACGAAGUGCUGACGAGACCCCAGUAUGCCCGACUACAGAUUGGCACAAUAAAGGGCGAACAACCGGUCAUCUAUGAUCGUAUUCCCGGGGAAGUUAGCAAGGUACCCUACGCUGAACCAACAUGGCUUAGUGCGGGCUAUCACAGUCCUUACUUCAAAGAGAGCCAUAGACGCCUUCAACAGGCUGUACGGAAGUUUGUCGACGACUUCGUUUGGCCUGAUGCACAGGCAAGAGAAGCCGACGGGAAGCGGCCCAGCCAGUCAGUAAUCGAUAAAAUGGCUGAGUUAAAUCUCCAUGCAAUGCGGAUGGGACCCGGAAAACACCUGAAAGGUCUCAAGUUGAUGGGUGGCAUCGUUACCCCGGAGGAGUUCGACUACUUCCACGAGCUGAUUAUCACUCAAGAAAUUGUUCGCUGCGGCGCCCGCGGGUACGGUGACGGCUUGAACGCCGGAGCCGUCAUCGGCCUCCCCCCAGUCCUGAACUUCGGCUCGCCGGAAGUACAGGCGAAAGUUCUUCCGGACGUCUUCUCCGGGCAGAAGUUCAUCUGCCUCGCGAUCUCUGAGGCCCACGCUGGGAGCGACGUCACGGGGCUGCAAACGACUGCUGUGAAGACUGAGGACGGGAAGUAUUGGAUCGUGAAUGGGACGAAGAAGUGGAUUACGAAUGGGACUUUCACCACCGGCUGCAAGACCGAGGACGGCUUCACCGUAAUUCUCAUCGAGCGCGGCGAAGGCGUUGAGACGAAGCACGUGAAGACUAGCUACUCCCCUACAGCCGGAACAGCGUAUGUUACGUUCGACAAUGUGAAGGUUCCUGUGGAGAACACCCUUGGCGAGGAAGGGAUGGGCAUAUUCGUUAUGUUGAGCAAUUUUAACCACGAGCGAUGGGUGAUGUGCUGUUCGUCAGCUAGGAGUCAGCGGUUGAUAGUCGAGGAGUGUCUCAAAUGGACACAACAGCGUAAAGCGUUUGGGAAGCCGCUCAACUCUCAGGCGGUUAUUCGGAGUAAACUGGCCGCUAUGAUUGCACGUGCCGAGAGCGUGCAGAACUGGCUUGAGAACAUCACGUACCAGAUGUGCAAUAUGAGUUACAAACAGCAGGCAUCCAAACUCGCUGGGCAAAUCGCCUUUUUGAAAACGUAUAGCACAAGGUGCGCGCAGGAGACUGCUCGCGAUGCCGUCCAGAUUUUCGGGGGACGCGGUAUCACACAGUCUGGCAUGGGCCAGUUCAUUGAGCACUAUCAUCGCACUGCGCCUUUCGACGCCUUACUCGGUGGGGCGGAGGAUGUUCUCGCCGAUCUGGGCGUACGGCAGGCUACCAGAGGAAUGCCAGCGAAUUCAAGACUCUGA